AUGAUGUUCGCUCGAUCCGCUCUUGUCCUCGUGAACAUGCUCAUGCUUCAAUCGACGCAUUCCUUCUGCCUCGUCGCAGCGCCCAAGACCUUUGACCAGACCGCGUCCGUGCUCCUUCCUGGCAACUGCACCCUCCUCGCAACGAGCCCCAUCUUCGUCGCGAACGGAACUGCCGCGGCUCGCCUACAAGUCUUCAUCGGCCCUGAGAUCCCUUGCUAG